AUGGCGUCACGUCCAAAGAGACUUAAAGUUAAUGACGAUACAGUACGUCAAUUAUUAGAUACUGAUGAUAGUGGAAGUUCAUUAAGUGAUUUUGAUGACACAGAUGAAGACCAAACCUACAACCCAAUUAUAACUUCUGAUUCAGAUGAACAAAGUGAAACCAGCGAUACCGAACAUUCACAAGACACAAUAUUACCGGUUUUAAAUCCUAGUGUUCAAAUUUGGUCCAAUGUAACAGACAAUAAAAAAGCCCCUGAAGGUGAUCGUAUUUAUAAAAUACGUAAUAUAAUCGAUAAAAUUGUAAAUCGUUUUCAAGAUGUAAUGGAACCAGACGAGUUAUUGCCCGUCGAUGAAACUAUGGUACCUUUUCGUGGCAGAUUAUUAUUUAGACAAUAUAUACCGGGAAAAGCCCAUAAGUACGGUGUAAAAUUGUUUAAACUUUGCGGAACAAAUGGUUAUACUUAUAACGUUCAAGUUUAUGCUGGAAAGAGUCAAGUGGAUGGAAAGGGAUUGGGUUGUAGAGUUGUUCUAGACCUAAGUAGAAGAUAUUUAAACAUGGGACGUACAAUGGUAACGGAUAAUUUUUAUACUUCAAUUACACUUGCAAACGAACUUUUAACUAAUGAUACACACCUUGUUGGAACUCUGCGAUCAAAUAGAGAAAAAAGAACAAAAAAAAAAGAAUCGAUAGUUAAGCCUAAAAUAAUUGUCGACUACAACUCCAGAAAAGCGGGAAUUGAUCUAUCCGAUCAACUGUCUAGCUAUAGUAGAGCUGUUCGUAAGUCUAUACGUUGGUACCAUAAGGUGGCAACAGAAAUAUUGCUUGGAAUUGCUAUGGUAAAUGCUUUAAUUGUUUACAAUACAAUUAAUUCUGAUAAAAAAAUGAAGAUAACACAAUUUCGAGAAACAUUAGUUGAUACAAUACUUGGAUUAGACAAUCAAGGAUCACAAGAAGUACAACAAGCAAGAGUUAACAGCAAACACAUAUUCCAAGAAACAACAGAAAAAUGUAGUAGAAAUAGAAAAAUCAGAAAGAGAUGUUUCCAAUGUUAUCAAAGUAGAACGGUAAUAGUUGGAUCGAAACAGGCAUCGAAGGAAGUAAAAAAGAUCACUACAUUCUGCGCACCAUGUAAAUCUUACACAUGUAUAAGUUGUUUCAAUCUACAUCACACAGGCUAA